CCGACUAAGUCAAACUCUAACCGGUGCACUGCGACAGUCAUUCCCCACCAGAUCCAUGAAAGUUUUCGGGCUUCAGAACACAACAAAUCGCAUUCUUCCUCUUUUUCUAGAAUUCUCCCUGCGAGUCUGAAACUGCUCGCGAUCUACUGAACCUUGAGACAGUAGUCAAUGGACUAUCGUCGGACAUGGUCCAGAAGCGGCAGGUCUCCUACAAGCCCCAGACCCCCGCGACCACGGAACGUGAGAGUCAUGUAGAUGAUUCUACCAGCACAAGUUCGACUCAAGAACACAUCCGAUCUUCCCGGUCCGCAACACGAUGCUCUUCUCCGCUGAAGAGCGAACGGGAUUCGUGUCGAUUGUCCCGCGUCUUUGUGUCUCUUAAAAUCCUAACAAGUGUGGGAACGGAAGACCAGCAGGGCUAUCCCUGCUCAAAAAAUCUACUCAAAUGUGCUCCAAAGGCGCUCCAGAAGCUGCGUAAAACAGCUCAAACAGGGCUCCAAGAUUACGCCUCUUCGAGGGUGGGUCUCUUAUUCCAGUCUGCGGGUGCCCAUGCCAAAAGGCCGCUCUGUCACGCACCGUACCACUAUCCAUACCAAUCUUCGGCUUACCCACUUCGCUGCCACGUUUCGAGAGAGAAACAGAAACAUCCAUCAGGGCUGAAUAUUAAUAACGAACUAUGGAGACUUGCGAAUGAGCGAUGCUUCCCCACGCUACUCUAUCUACAAUACGAGAAACGAACCCAGCCAAGAGUUGCGCGAGUCAACAGCGGCACGUCAACACACAAUAAACAAACAGGGUUGAGUGGCGUGAAAGAAUUCUUGACAGCAGUGAACCGCCAUCAGGCUGACAGUAAUAAAACCUAGAUUUCGCGCCUCCCCUCCCCCCCCUUUUUACUUGUAUCCCAACCACCAAAGAAUUUUCUAUGCAAAGGGGGCUGAAUACAAAUACUUCCCCGUUUGAGGGUCAGCAUAAGCCUGCCUGAGAACAGUGUUUAGUGUGCCCUGCGCUUCCAAUUUAGGGACUGCUCCGAUGCAGCCCACCCUGAGCGAUCAUUCGGGAUCUGCCCGAAAUCACUGGCUGCGUGCCGAUGCAGUGGUUGUGGUCGCUUAACUACCCGCUUGGGGUAAGCUGAUCUGGAGGUCCAGGACCCACCAGCACGGAUGAUGAAGCAUUG